AGUUUACUCUUACCACUUCACCCCUGAAUGGUGCCCACCAGCCUCACCCCCAUGGUUGUGAGCAUCACCCUUGAGACAGGGAGAAAGGAAUGUCUGCCUCAGGGGGAUCAGUGCUCUGGCUCUCUGGGCAUCUUGUUCUUACUGGGUUUGGGUUCUGGCCUAUGCUCUAUUUCCAUUUCUCCUCUCUUCCUAGGAAUAUGUAGUACUUUCUAGAACCUUUUCUUGAAAGAGCAGAGGCAGUGAGGGAGGCAUUCCAGCUUAUUACUCUGCCCUCAUAAUCUCUGGUCCAAGCUAGUGGCUCUGAGAGCUGCCUGUGGUCAGCCAGAUGCGUGGUUCUGGCCCCUAGGGGCGAGACUCAGGAACGGUCCCUAAGUUUCUUGUCAUCUUGUUGCCCCUGCGGAGCUUCGUGGGGACUUUGUCUUGGAUGGCUGCCCCUUUGGUGUCCCCAGGAAUGUCCAUGAAGAGCAACAAGUGUUAGAUCGGAGGUUGCCAAACGUGGCCCAUUGGCCAAAUGUGGCUUUGGCAACUGCUUGUUUUUCUGUAGCCCUCUAGCUAAAGAACGGUAUUCACGCUCUUUUUCCUUCGGCGCGCCACUGAAGAUCUGGUGUCGCCAUGGGUCGCCGCCCCGCCCAGUGUUACCGGUACUGUAGGAACAAGCCGUAUCCAAAGUCUCGCUUCUGCAGAGGUGUCCCUGUUGCCAAGAUUCGCAUCUUUGAUCUGGGGCGGAAGAAGGCAAAAGUGGAUGAGUUCCCAUUAUGUAGCCACAUGGUGUCAGAUGAGUAUGAGCAACUCUCCUCCGAAGCCAUGGAGGCUGCCCGUAUUUGUGCCAACAAGUACAUGGUGAAAAGCUGUGGCAAAGAUGGCUUUCACAUCCGAGUGCGGCUCCAUCCCUUCCAUGUUAUCCGUAUCAACAAGAUGUUGUCCUGUGCUGGAGCUGACAGGCUGCAGACAGGUAUGCGAGGUGCCUUUGGGAAGCCCCAGGGCACAGUAGCCAGGGUCCACACUGGCCAAGUCAUCAUGUCCAUCCGUACCAAGCUGCAGAACAAGGAGCAUGUGAUUGAGGCCCUACGCAGGGCCAAGUUCAAGUUCUCUGGCCGCCAGAAGAUCCACAUUUCCAAGAAGUGGGGCUUUACUAAGUUUAAUGAGGACGAAUUUGAAGAUAUGGUGGCCGAAAAGCGGCUCAUCCCAGAUGGCUGUGGGGUCAAAUACAUCCCUAAUCGUGGCCCCUUGGACAAACGGAGGGCUCUCCACUCAUGAGAACCUUGCACCACCCGAACCCUAUUCAUGCCCACCAAUAAAUCCUGCUUCCUGUCAAAAAAAAGAAAAAAAAGAAUGGUAUUCACACUUUUAAAGAGUGCUUAGGAAAAAAAAGAAUAUACAGCAGAGACUCUGUGGCCUACGAAAUCUAAAAUUCUUACUAUGUGGCUAUUUAUGGAAAAAAUUCACCAACCUCUGUUACUUGCUAAUACUGAGGCUACCUCAUUACAGAGCAGUAUUUUCUAGACGCAUUCUGUGGAACCCUGAUGCAUAUGAUUCAAAAACAAAUGGAAAAGGAUCCUGUGGUCUAAGGGGUUAGCCAAAAUUAAACGAAUUGCUUUUAUACAGGACAUUCUAGGGCCUUUAAAAUUCUGUAAGUGUUACAAGUGUUUGGAGUAUUUCUUGUGCGCCAGCUGUCCCACCAAGCACUCACGUACAUGACUUCGUGUGGUCUUUACCACCGCCAUGCUGGCUGCUGUUAUUAUCCACGUUUACAGAGGAGAAAACAAAGUGAGGCCUCUCUUUUUAUUUUUCUUGAAACUUUCUUUGAGAGUCUGUGAGAGAGCAGCAGAGGGUGAAGCAGGCUCCCCACUGAGCAGGGAGCCCGAUGUGGGACUCGAGGACCCAAGGAUCAUGACCUGAGCCAAAAGCAGACGCUUAACCGACUGAGCCAUCCAGGCACCCCACAAAGUGAGGUCUUGACCUGCUCUCACAGGGGAUAGUAUAUGCCAUGAGGUCAGCAUUAACGUAUUUCACAGGUGAGGCAGCCAGAGCAUUGCAGAAUGAAGUGCCGCUCCCACGGUCGCUGUAGAGUGGCCAUCUGAUGCUGGAGCCUCUGCUCUGCCUUCAGCAGGUCCUCUGAGCUCCAGCAAGUGCUGUGAUGCAUCUCCGCGCAUUCGACGCAGGACUCUUUCCAGGGAGCCCCUGGGCCUGGUGUACCCCCCGACAUGGUUUGGGAAACCCUGCACGUGUGGAUCAUCCCGUGGUCGCCUCAUUGCGAGCCCCACACGUUUCUCCUUUGGUUGCUCGUCUCUGCCAGGUUCCACCAGGAGGGGGCACUGACCUGCUUCCCUUGGCGGUCUUCAGCCAUCCUGCCCAGGCAGGCCCACCUGGCAGGACCCCCAUCACCUAGUGUGGUGAUAGUGUCCACCCACAUAAGGGUAUCUCUACAGCGUCCCCAAUAGACUUGAAUCCAGGAAAGUCCAUUCCUUUUAGUGAACCGCGUACUAACACUCUGUGUGUGUGUGCGCUGUGGUAAAUGUGAAGUAUACCAACUGCACCGUUGGACACUAUCAGCUACAAAAUAAGGACUGUCCUGCUCUGCUGUGUCGGGUACACUUGGACCCAAGCUCGAGCUUGUAAAUAAAUCCUCGUGUGUUUGCAAAAAAUAAAAAAAAUAAAAAAUAAGGACUGUCCUACUCCAGCGCCUUUGCCCCUGAUGAGUCAGGCAAGGAUCAGGAUUCCAUUGUCCUGCACAAAAUGGUGGAGAGAGCAAGAGGUCUGAGAUAUGGAAAAAUAACCUAUUUUCCCAGGUUGGGUUUUGUUCAGCCAGCUGGGCCUUGAAGGGAGAGGCAGGAGCAUCCAGGCCCCAUGUGGGAGUGUGUUUUCUUCUGCAGAAAAUUCAGGGCAGGGAUCCCUGGGUGGCGCAGCGGUUUGGCGCCUGCCUUUGGCCCAGGGCACGAUCCUGGAGACCCGGGAUCGAGUCCCACGUCAGGCUCCCGGUGUAUGGAGCCUGCUUCUCCCUCUGCCUGUGUCUCUGCCUCUCUCUCUCUCUAUCAUAAAUAA